AUGACUUUUCUUUUUUUUUCUUUUCUUCUCCAAACCUUUUUUUUUAUUUCCUCAUAUUUCCUUGAUAGAUUUUCUUUUCCAUAUCAAGUUUGUCCCUCUUUCUUCAUGUUGAGUCGAAGAAAUUUUAGCUGUCGCAUUUUCUUUUUGUCACUCUUUCCCGCUUUUAUUCAUACACUCUUUACUAAUUUUUCUUUCUUCCAUUUUUUACCUCUUUUUCUUUCUUUCACUCUUUCACCCUUGUUCUUUUCUCCACUCUUUUGCCAUCUGUUUCUUUUACUCUUUUCCCCACUCUUUAUUUCUUUCACUCUUUUUCCAUCUCUUUCUUUCUUUCUUUCACUCUUUUCUUAUCUCUUUCUUUCACUCUUUUCUUAUCUCUUUCUUUCACUCUUUUCUUAUCUCUUUCUUUCACUCUUUUGCCAUCUCUUUCUUUCAUUCUUUUCUUAUCUCUUUCUUUCACUCUUUUGCCAUCUCUUUCUUUCAUUCUUUUCUUAUCUCUUUCUUUCACUCUUUUGCCAUCUCUUUCUUUCAUUCUUUCCUUAUCUAUUUCUUUCACUCUUUUGCCAUCUCUUUCUUUCAUUCUUUUCUUAUCUCUUUCUUUCACUCUUUUGCCAUCUCUUUCUUUCAUUCUUUCCUUAUCUAUUUCUUUCCUCUUUUUGCCAUCUCUUUCUUUCAUUCUUUUCUUAUCUCUUUCUUUCACUCUUUUGCCAUCUCUUUCUUUCAUUCUUUCCUUAUCUAUUUCUUUCACUCUUUUGCCAUCUCUUUUUUUCUUUCACUUCUUUCUUAUCUCUUUCUUUCGUCCUCUCUUUUCCCUCUUAUUCUUUCUUCUGCUUUAUCCCCUUUCAAUCUCUUUCUGCCAUUCUUCCAUAUUUUUCUUUCUUCCAGAUUGACCAUUUCCCAUUCUUUCCUUCUUUUAUUUUCUUCCACUCUUUUCCUUCUUUUACUUUCUUACACUCUUUCACUUUCUUUCACUUUUCUCCCAUCUCUUUCUUUUACUCUAUUGCCAUCUUUCUUUCGUCCUCUCUUUCCCUCUUAUUCUUUAUUCUACCCGCUUCCAACCUCUUUCUUCCUCUCUAUUCUCUCUUCUCUGAUUGUAAUUUCACUUUGCGUUACAAACGGCUUCUGCGAAGUCGGCCGACUUACUUUCGCUUCGAUGGUAGCUGCACGGACGAUUUCAUUUCACUUCGUCCUCCAACAGAAACAAGAGGACGGCAUCAUGAGAAGCGGUUACUCUUCGAGCUGAAUAUUUUAAUCUCUCACAAUGCACGCUCUUUCCACGUUCGACUGUCGUGUAGCUGCUCGCGUUUUCACGAAUUUUUUUCUUUCCAGACUUUAUAUCCGUUAUUUUUCUCAACACUUAUUAUAAUUUUUUCUUUCCUGAAUUUUAAUAUAGUUCCCCGCCCCCUGAUUUUGAUUAUCUUUUUUUUUUUCCUUAUUUAUCAUAGUUUUUUUUUUCCCCCAGCUUUUAUUAUAAUUUUAUUUCUUUCCCGUUUUUUAUUGUCCAGUAUUUAUUCUUUCCCGGCAUUUAGUAUAAGUGUUUCUUUCUCGAUUUUAUUAUAG